CGGGUCCGUUCCUCCCCAGGUCCGGCAGGGGACGCUUCCGGUCCAUGGGGCAGCGGAACUCGGCUAAGACACUUCCGGCCCGGCCGCCCGGGGGAACCGCGAUAGCGACGGACACUUCCGGGUGCGAGGCAUGCGCGUGUUGGGGGGGCGCUGUGUCCUGUGGAAAGCUGAGCCGGCCAGGUCGUUCAGCCCUGCCGUUCUCUUGUAACUACUGUCUGGCCAUGGAAUGGCUAUCGCUGUGAAAUGAAUUUAGGGGUAUCUAUCAAGAGAGUGCUGCAGACAUAAGACGCAAGUACAAAGUAUUUUUGUAUCCUGCACUUUAUAAAGAUGAAGAAGGAAAACAGAGAACAUAGCGAGAACCUUGAAAGCAACAAAGAGGAAUGUAUGCGGAGUGUAGAAGUUUGCCCUCAUUCUCCUUUGCUCUUUGAAGAUCAAUCUUCCCAGGACAUUGAUGUUCACAAAAAGAAAUCAAAAAAAAAGAAAAUUACACAAGAGAAACAAGACUCUUGGCUAGCUAAUUCUUAUAUUGAUGGGAAGCGUGAAAUUAAUAAUGAAACUGUAACAAAUGCUUCCAAAAAGAAAAUGAAAAAAGAGAAACGGAAACCCAGUGACAGUGAGCAGGAGGAAAAUAAUAUACUCUGUAUCCAUGUGAACCAAGAGAUGGACACAACUUUGAAGCAUGUUGAUUGUAUUUAUGUAAAUACAUCUACUAAGAAGAAAAAAAGAAAAAAGAAUUUGUCAGAAGAGCAGGAUGAGGUAAACAAACUGCCUGGGUCGUAUGCAUUUGGAAAUGAUUGCAGAAGCCAAAAAAAGAGAAAACAGACCAGCCUCUGUGAUACACAGGAAGCCAGAGAUGAAACCUUUGCUUCAUCGUUUUUGUCAUAUUCAGAACAAAAUUCUACGUCGUCUCAAGAAAGGAAUGAUGACAUUAUGAUGUCAGGGUCAUCUACUAAAAUGAGCAGCCCAGUAGUGCCCAAAAAACACCACAAAACCCAUAAACAUAGAAGAGCCUCCAAAGAAAAUAAGACUGAUUUGGCAAAGAUUUCCUCAGUAUUUGAUGAAAAUCCUCUGGAUGUGACUGCUGACAUUUCUAAGAUUACUUCAGAGGGUAAUAAUGGCUGUUCUGAAGAAACCAUGGUACCAGUUAGAAAUACUGAUUUCCCUUUCCAAUCACACUCUGAACAAGCAACCUCAGAACAAAAUUCUACGUCCUCUCAAGAGAGGAAUGAUGACGUUAUGAUGUCAGGGUCAUCUACUAAAAUGAGCAGCCCAGUAAUGCCCAAAAAACACCACAAAACCCAUAAACGUAGAAAAUCCUCCAAAGAAGAUAAGACUGAUGUGGCAAAGAUUUCUUCAGUAUUUGAUGAAAAUCCUCUGGAUGUGACUGCUGACAUUUCUCAGAUUACUUCAGAGGGUAAUGAUGGCUGUUCUGAAGAAACCAUGGUACCAGUUAGAAAUACUGAUUUGCCUUUCCAAUCACACUUUGAACAAGCAACCUCAGAACAAAAUUCUACGUCCUCUCAAGAGAGGAAUGAUGACGUUAUGAUGUCAGGGUCAUCUACUAAAAUGAGCAGCCCAGUAGUGCCCAAAAAACACCACAAAACCCAUAAACGUAGAAAAUCCUCCAAAGAAGAUAAGACUGAUGUGGCAAAGAUUUCUUCAGUAUUUGAUGAAAAUCCUCUGGAUGUGACUGCUGACAUUUCUCAGAUUACUUCAGAGGGUAAUGAUGGCUGUUCUGAAGAAACCAUGGUACCAGUUAGAAAUACUGAUUUGCCUUUCCAAUCACACUUUGAACAAGCAACCUCAGAACAAAAUUCUACGUCCUCUCAAGAGAGGAAUGAUGACGUUAUGAUGUCAGGGUCAUCUACUAAAAUGAGCAGCCCAGUAGUGCCCAAAAAACACCACAAAACCCAUAAACGUAGAAAAUCCUCCAAAGAAGAUAAGACUGAUGUGGCAAAGAUUUCUUCAGUAUUUGAUGAAAAUCCUCUGGAUGUGACUGCUGACAUUUCUCAGAUUACUUCAGAGGGUAAUGAUGGCUGUUCUGAAGAAACCAUGGUACCAGUUAGAAAUACUGAUUUGCCUUGCCAGUCACACUCUGAACAAGCAACCUCAGAAGCUAAGAGAAAGUUACCAGAGUCUGUAGCAUCUGAAACUGAGAAAGACCAGGAUGUUGGAUUUACAGAAUCGGAAAACUCUAUGAUGUUGAAUAAUGAAGAGUUGCUUGAAAGUUCCAUGUAUUCAGCAAUGGAUUUGGAGACUGUCAAAAGGAAAUUGGAGGAGUUUGUUCCUCAAGUGUGGACAAUGUCGGAAACAUCAGUCCUAAAGAUGGCUGGGAGAGACCUGAUCAGGUUUAAAAAGUUUAAAGAACAAGGUAUUCCUAUUAAGUUUGGCAGGUUUUCUCAGAAGGAAAAUACUCAAAUACAGAAGAAUGUUGAAGACUUUUUAUCACUUACAGAAAUAGAGAAUGCAGAGAAACUAUUAUUUACCUACCGGUACCCAGAAGAGCAAGUAGCCAUCACCAAAUUGAAAACAAAAUAUGCUUUUGGUAUGAAGAUUGCUGAGGGGAUUCCACGGCCCUGGAAACAGGUAUAUUUUCGGGCAAGAAAGAUGUUUGACCCAAACAACUAUAAAGGGAGGUAUUCUGAGGAUGAAAAAGAAAAAUUAAAGAAGUAUCAUGCUAUACAUGGCAACAACUGGAAGAAAAUUUCUGAGAUGAUGUCCCGCAGUACCCACUCGGUUGCUAUGAAGUAUUCUCAGAUUAAGUCCCAGGUUAAUUCUGGUCCUUGGAGUAAGAAGGAGACACAGAAGCUAAUUCAAGCAGUGAAGGAGACCAUUCAGAAGAGGGCUGAUCUGGAAGACAUAAGAUUAUUGCUACAGGCAGAGAACUCAGAGGGUACUCUCUCAGUUGAACGUGAAAAACUGUACAAGAACAUAUCUUGGACCGAGAUAGAAGCUAAAGUGGAAACCAGAUAUUGGAGACAGUGUAAACAGAAAUGGAUUUCAAUUGUAACAAAGAAAAUGUCCAGUGGGCAGAAGGUAUAUGGUGGGACUAAAGGUUUACAGGCCAAAAUCAAUCUUAUUAAAAGAUUGUAUGAAAUGAAGGUGGAAGACGCUAAUGAAGUGAACUGGGAAGAGCUCUGUGAGAUAAUUGGAGAUGUCCCUGAAGCCUAUGUUCAAGCCAAAUUUUACAAGUUAAAAGCUACCCGCGUCCCUUCUUGGCAAACAAAGACUUUCCCCGAAAUAAUCGAUUAUCUUUAUGAAGAGACACUUCCGUUGCUUGAGAAAAGAUUAGAAAAAAGACAGAAGAAGUCUCAGAGUUGUGACAGGUUGCCGUCCAGCUGCGAGAGAAAGGUUUUCCAGUUCAGCGAUAUCUUUGAGAACAGUGAAGAUGAUGCUGAUGACAAUGACUGAUUAUCCUCCUAGAUGCUGCCUCUUUGCACACCCCCAAAAUGAAAAAUGAUUUUGAUUAAACUGGGUUUAAAUCAGAAACUGAAAUAAUGGGAAGAAUGAAGACACGCAAGCCUGCUUCUAUUGUUUUUGUAUUGAAAAGAGAAGUAAAUAUAGAUUAUUUUUUGCAGUAUCUUUUGUUAUUAGCGACAUUUAACUUUAUCCUCAGAUUGUUUGAGGAAGCUAAAGGUCACUGUGUAUUGGACUUGUGGAAACACUGAAAAACAAUAUUUUUUUCUUAAUACUUCAUUCAUUACAACUUUACUAAAAGUCCUGGGUAAGCCUGUCUGAAUGAAUUUAGAUUUUCAGCAUUCUAAUGUCAAAUUAUGAUCUUUUUUAAAAAAUCUGCUUUUUUUUUUUUUUAAAGUCCAUUCAUUUUAAGUCUGUGUAAGGAGAAUCUUUUUUUAAUUUGUUGUGUUCAGUAUGUAUUUAAAAAAAUGCAACAAACUGUUUAGAUAAGUAGAGGAUACCGCCAGUCUUCAGAGAUAACAACAACUGGGGAGAAAUUAACUUGAAAUGUAAUGACUAAGAUUUUGUGGAUUCUGUCAGACAUUUUCCACCUAAUUGAAACAUUGGAAUAUUAAUGAAACCAGUGUACUGUUAGCAAGACUGCGGAGAAUUGAUUGCUAUAUGGCUAAUUUAAGCUAGUGAGUCAGUAACUGCACAGUUGCCCCCUUUCUCCUUCCGCUCAGCUUUGCUCUGACUGGCUAAGAUGAAUCCAUUUCAGUAUAUGACCAAACUGAUUUUGAUACUGUAAAAAUGGUCAAAUAACUGAAGUUUAUAAACACUCUAUUGAUCUGAAGAAUUUUUUUCAGAAAAGUAUACUUAAGAAUCUUUAUUAUAUAGCCCACAUUGGGCACUGUAGAAGUAUUAGAGUAAUAAAUUUUUGAAGUGUUAUGGAGCAUUUCUGGGCCUCUGGUUAAAUGGUAUCAGUUUAUAAAAUGUCCAAAUUCAUAGAGGAGCCAUAGUGUGGUCUCUUAGGUACAUCAUGUGUUUUUAUUGGUCUGUGCAUUUUAUAUUUUUCUUUUUAAUCAAAAAUACUAACUUUUAUGAGUAAAAACUUUUAGCUUGUUUCCUAAGGGCUUGUCUACAGCUGAAAACUGUUCCAGAAUAAGGAACGGUGCAAGUUUAGUUCAGAAAACUGUAUUAAUAAGACUACUUAUUCUAGUGUCAAACUCUGACUUAUGCUUAGUGUAUGCUCAGUGUGGUGGUAUGUUGCCAGUUCUUCAAUAUUAGAAUGAUCUAUUCAUAGUUGUUAAAACCAAAUGAUGCCAUUGUUGUCAUCUAGUCAGACCUCUAGCAAAUACAGGCCAUAGGACUUCCAUGAAUUCAGUUUAGAAAGCUAUUCAUCUGCUGAGACCUGAAAUUCAGUUAUUUCUCCAGCAACAGUUGAUGACCCAAUAACAACUAAAAGAAAUCAGGGAGCUGCACUCUUUUAGAUGAUUGUGACAUGUUAUGUUGCUGCAGGGGAAUCACAGAAACCUGAAUUGUAGUUUUGGCAUCUAUUUUGUUUUAAAAACAGCUGUAAUAUGUCCUGCAUAAACUGUUAGUAGUUUUGGAGAUCAGGUUACUCUGUUUUAAUCUUUUAUACAACAAAAAAGGGCAUAUGUGCCGAUGUGCCGUUUACUUUGACUACUUUUUUUUAAUGUUUCUAUGAAAACUGAAGUGAUGCACUUAAGAUUUCCUUUUUAUUAUAAUGCAGAGAGAAAAUAGUCAAUAGAUCAUAUAUUCCUUUUUUCUUAGAGAAGUAUUUCUAUGUAAAUAUUACAAUAAUAAGAAUGUUGAUGGACAAGAUGAAAAUUUUACAUAUGUCUUCAUUUUAUGAUUUAAUUGUUGUAAGAUAAUGGCAUCUUUCUAUAAAUAGAUAAAGAAAAUGUAAAUAAUUUGCUGUGA